GUUCUUUACGCAUGCGCAUCUCGGGGUAAGAGAAGGGCAUGGUGACUGGCUGCGUGACGUCAGCGGCAGGCAGGAUCGCGGUGAUCUCUCAGAGAUAAGAGUGCGUUGCUCGAGCCUCUGGGGGGGUUAUUUUCCAGGGGAAAGUUUGUCACGUGAUCCGUGUCCCCCGUGACUGGCGGCGUGCAGUGGAGGUAUGGCGGAGGCGCAGCCAUCAGGACCAACAAAGUACAAUCCUGAAGCAGCUGACUUCAUCCCUAGAGAACACUUAAGUCACCACUCUACCUGGAGAAGUCAUGGCAGAGCUGAAAGCAACAAAAAUUGGGGCAGAACCAGUAACAUGCCCUCUUCUCUACCACAUCAGCCAACUAGAGAAAGUAAUGACAGUCCUUCACAGAAAAUGCAUUCCUACCACAGCACUGCCAAGAGUAACAGUGGAAGGCAAGGAUCCCCAGAGAUCACAAACAAACCCGUGAAGAACCACAGCUUUCAGAAUCAAAGGUGGCAUCGCUCUCGAAGUGAAAGAUCCCACACAAGGAACCAACCAAGGCAGCCUCUUUCUGACACCUCAGUGAGGCCAUCAUUUGCAACCACACCUCUUGGUGACUGGCGCAUAAGAACCAGAGAUCCCACUGACUUGUGCUCAUCAGAAAGUGAGAAAGAAGUUGGCAGCGCUGAUAGCCGUGGUGCCAAGCCAAAGAGACUGACGCAUGUGUCUGGAGGAUCGCUGCGUGGACCCCGUGAUAGAACAAAACCUUCGUAUGAGCGGGAGAAACGGGUAGCGCCCAAGCAAAAAACAGAAGAAAUGUUUGAAAAUAUACCCCCUCGAGACAUUGCAAAAUCAGGGAAUCGUAAUGAAGAGCGAUUCAAAUCGCUGGAUCAAUAUGAAGGUAUCAGAGGAAAUGAAGAGAAGCAGAAACCUUCAGGUCCUGGAAUUAAGCCUUCACGGGAAUCUCUGAACUGGAAAAAACCUCAAGAUAAUCACCCAAAUAAGGCAGAUGAAGUGUUGGGGAGCAAACCUUUAAGACAUGAUAAAAGUCAUUCAGCAGCUUUUUCAUCUAAAGAGAAGAAAACCGAUCGUGUAAAGGAGCCUCCUUUGUCCAACACAUAUCAGGAGUCAAAGUCCCAUGGGCACCACUGGACAGCAGAUGCAGAGAAGCAUGCAGGAAGAAAACACUCCUCUCAAGACCGUACUAAUAAACAAUCUACGCAGCCUGGGUUUAGAAGCCAAUGGAAGAAACCUGACUUGCCAAAGAAUAAGGAAACGCAUACAGGGUCACUGAUUGAGCAAUUGACGGCUGAGAUGUAUGAGUGUAUGGUAUGCUGUGAGAUAAUACGAGUUAUGGCUCCAGUCUGGAGCUGUCAGAGCUGCUACCAUGUGUUUCACCUGAACUGCAUCAAAAAGUGGGCCAGAUCUCCUGCAUCACAAGCUGAAGAUGGGAAUAGUGGCUGGAGAUGCCCUGCUUGUCAAAAUGUCUCUUCUCGGGCUCCAAGUAUUUAUAUCUGUUUUUGUGGUAAAGUAAAUCACCCUGAAUGGAAUAGAAAUGAAAUUCCCCAUAGCUGUGGGGAGCUCUGUGGAAAGAAACGCUCUGGCCUUGAUUGUCCUCACAUCUGCAACAUCCUCUGUCAUCCGGGACCUUGCCCCUCCUGUCCUGCUUUUGUGACAAAAGCCUGUGAAUGUGGUAGAACCAGCCAGUCUGUUCGCUGUGGGCAGUCUUCAACCUUGCACUGUGCAAAUGUUUGUGGAAAUCCGUUGAACUGUGGGGAGCACAACUGCAAUCAGGUGUGCCAUGCUGGGAAAUGCCAGCCAUGCCAGCAAGUUAUUCAUCAAGCUUGCUACUGUGGUGGAAACUCAAGAGAUGUGCCAUGUGGAACAGACAAGGAUAACUAUGAUGGCUUUGGAAACUUCUCCUGUCAGAAGAACUGUGGCAAAAAACUAAACUGUGGUAAACAUGGAUGUAAUGAAGAUUGCCACCCACAGCCUUGCCAGCCUUGUCCUCGACUUCCUCAAAUUGUACGUUUCUGUCCAUGUGGACAAACUCCUUUAAGUAAAUUGCUGGAUCUAGGUUGUGUGGACCGAAAAACGUGCACAGAUCCCAUACCAUCUUGUGGGAAGACCUGUGGCAAGCCCCUUCCUUGUGGUUCUCAUGAUUUCAUUCACACAUGUGAGAACCUCUGUCAUGAAGGAGAAUGUGGCCCCUGCACUCGCACAUCUAAUAUAUCUUGCCGGUGUGGCUUCAGAACAAAGGAAGUCCCCUGUGUGCUGAUACAGAAUGAAGGAGACUUUACCUUCAUUUGUGACAAGCGUUGCAACAAGAAACGCCAGUGUGGGAGACAUAAAUGCAGUGAAAUUUGCUGUGUGGACAAAGAACACAAGUGCUCCUUAAUUUGUGGUCAUAAACUCAACUGCGGCCUUCACAGAUGUGAUCUACCUUGCCAUCGUGGGAACUGUCAGAAUUGUUGGCAGACAAGUUUUGAUGAACUCACUUGUUACUGUGGGGAGUCUGUGAUCUUUCCUCCAGUUGCAUGUGGCACGAGACCACCUGAGUGUAAGAAACCCUGCACCAGGCAGCAUGAGUGUGAUCAUCCAGUUUUUCACGCGUGUCACAAUGAAGAGAAAUGUCCUCCCUGUACAUACCUUACACAGAAAUGGUGCAUGGGAAAGCAUGAGCUUAGGAACAACAUCCCCUGUCAUCUCACGGACAUUUCCUGUGGCCUACGUUGCAAUCAGCUCUUACAAUGUGCACUGCACAAAUGCAAAAGGAUUUGCCACAAAGGAGAGUGCCUCAUAGAUGAAGACUGUAAGCAACCCUGCACUCUUCUAAGACCAGACUGUGGGCAUCAGUGUUUGGCCAACUGCCACCCGUCACAGCCCUGUCCAACAUCCAACUGCAAUGCACAGGUAGAGCUCCAGUGUGAAUGUGGAAGGAGGAAAGAGAAAGUGGUUUGCCCAGUGGCUUCCUCAGCCUAUCAAAGAAUAGCGGCUAUAUCUAUGGCAGCAAAGCUAUCUGAAAUGCAACUGGGGGAUUCAGUGGAUAUUGGAAAACUUGUCACCAAAAAGGAAAUUAAGCAAACGAGGUUGCAAUGUGAUGAAGAGUGCUUGGCUUUGGAACGAAACAGACGUCUGGCAGAAGCCCUGAAUAUAUCAGAAAAUUCAGAUCCCUUUAAUACUCGUUCUGGGACAAAGUACAGUGACAGUUUGAAAGAUGAUGCCAGAAAAGAUCUGAAGUUUGUUUCUGACAUUGAGAGGGAAAUAAAAGCACUUGUGGAUGCUGUUAACAAGGGAAAACAAAGCAAAAAAAGUCAUUGUUUCCCUCCAAUGAACAGAGACCAUCGUAAGAUUAUCCAUGACCUAGCAGAGGUUUAUGGAGUUGAAAGUGUGAGCUACGACAGUGAGCCCAAGCGCAAUGUUGUCAUCACUGCUGUAAAAGGGAAGUCGGCAUGCCCAGGUAUCUCCCUUAUGACCAUACUGGAAAGAGAGAUCCAAACCAAACCUCCUCCACCUAUCGCACACUACAGACAUCUGCCUGACAGAAAUGGAGGAAGCGGUGGCACACAGAAAGCACCAAGAGAAGAUCCCAUAAUAGACUACUUUGAUGUGCAAGAUUAGUCAUUCCCCUGCUGUGUAUCAUAAUAUGGAAAGGGGUUUGUGAACUGUGGCUGUAAAGCUGUGAGGUCUUUGAGUUGAGCUUUUGGUAGCCACCGUCGUCUUAUACAUACGUAAGACACUGCUAAGAAAUUGACACAAAGCAGCAUAUCUUGCAGUCU